CCAAUGCACAAGGCCGUCUUUUAUUCCUCUCUGCAGUUUGAAACUGUCAGGUCGCUGCCAAGGGAGCCGGUUUACCGCUGUUGUUUCGGCUACGACGCGGCGAGGAGAAGGGGAGGCAGGCGUCUGGGUUUGUGGAGAGCCGCGACGGCUGCUGUGAUUGAGACCUGUUUCACCUUCCACUGAAAUUGUUCAGUGUUUGUGUAGAAUGUCAUCAGAUGAGGAGAAAGGCUCACUUCCCGUUUUACAGAAUGACUCUGAGCGGGGCAGUUCUGUCUCUUCAGAUCUUCAGGAAGAGUAUGAAGAACUGCUUCGUUACACUAUUGUGACUCCAAACAUUGAAUCAGGUGCUCUACAGCCAUGUCAUUCUAAAGGAGAAGUGGUGCCAGAUGUGCGGGUUCCUACUAUAAUUGAUAAUACUCUUCAUAAUCAAGCAGGAAAUAGCCCUGUCGUAAGAGAAACAAGAAUGGAAGUUGGAAAAGGAUGUGACUUAAAUAUUUCAAGUCAUUCAAAGACAGAUGGGUCAUCGCCAGUGUCGUCACCAAGGAAACCCUCACACCCUGUCAUGGAUUUUUUCAGCUCUAACCUCUUAGGUGACUCUUCCUCACCAGCGUCUAUUUCUAGUCAUGCAGACGUCCAUGAAAUCGUUGUGAGCGAUUUUCUUAUUUCAGAUGAAAACCUUCAGAAGAUGGAAAAUGUACUGGAUCUUUGGAGUUCAGGGCUUAAGACAAACAUCAUAUCUGAACUAAGCAAAUGGAGACUUAAUUUUAUUGACUGGCACCGAAUGGAAAUGAAAAAAGAGAAAGAAAAACAUGCAGCACACUUAAAACAACUGUGCAACCAGAUCAACAGCUUGAAGGAGCUGCAAAAAGCCUAUGAAGUUUCCAUCGGGAGAAAAGAUGAGGUGAUUUCUAGCUUAUCUCAUGCCAUAGGCAAGCAAAAGGAAAGGAUAGAGUUGAUGAGAACAUUCUUCCACUGGCGAAUUGGCCAUGUUAAAUGCAGACAGGAUGCCUAUGAAGGUAAACUAGCUGACCAGUACUUCCAGAGAACUUUACUGAAGAAAGUCUGGAAAGGCUGGAGAUCCAUAGUACAGAAACAGUGGAAAGAUGUGGUAGAACGAGCUUGUCAAGCAAGAGCAGAAGAAGUUUGUGUCCAGAUUUCCAAUGAUUAUGAAGCCAGAGUCGCUGUGUUAUCUGGAGCUUUGGAAAAUGCAAAAGCUGAGAUUCAAAGAAUGCAGCAAGAAAAAGAGCACUUUGAAGAUUCCAUGAAGAAAGCUUUCAUGAGGGGUGUGUGUGCAUUAAAUCUCGAAGCUAUGACUAUAUUUCAAAACAGAGGUGAUACAGGGAUAGACUUCACAAAUAAAAAAGAAGAGUAUGGCCCUGGCGUUCAAGGCAAAGAACAUUUUUCUCAGUCAGAUUCUCUGGCCCCUCAGAUGCCCUCAGUGGUUGCAUUGCCACCAUCCCCGCCAGCAGCAGCCAUGGGAGCAGCCAGCGCCUCUGCUUUUACCUCCGCUGCUUCCGUCACUUCUGCUGGGGCCACUUCUGCUUCCUCUGCUCACCUUCCGGUUUCUACAGCUCUUGGCUCCGGGUCUACAGCUGCUGCUCACCUUCCGGUUUCUACAACUCUUGGCUCCGGGUCUACAGCUGCUGCUGCACCAGAAGAAAUGUAUGUGCCCAGAGUUGUGACAUCUGCACAACAGAAGGCUGGAAGAACAAUUACAGCCCGGAUCACAGGGAGAUAUGAUUUUGCCUCAAAAAACAGAGUUAGUAGCAGCUUAGCUAUAAUGGGAGUUUCUCCUCCCAUGAGCUCAGUUGUUGUGGAAAAACAUCAUCCAGUCACAGUGCAAACCAUUCCUCAAGCUGCUGCAGCAAAGUAUCCCCGGACAAUUCAUCCUGAAAGUAGUACCUCAGCUUCUAGAUCCCUCGGAACCAGGUCAACUCACACCCAGUCUCUCACAAGCAUCCAUUCCAUAAAAGUGGUUGACUAAAAUGAAUAUGCACAUAUUGAGAUCUUUUAAUUCUUUUGGUUUUACCAAGGAUUAGAAGUCUCUCAUUUUUAAAAUUUCAUAUUCUUAAAACAUCAUGGAUACAUCAUGUUCAUCUUUUCAAAAUUAGAAGAGACUUUUUCAAGCCAUACCAUCCUUUGUAAUAUAUGUAGGAUUAUUUUAAUGUUUUUUUUUUAUUUAAACGAUUAAGUAAAACUUUUUUAAAUUAAAAAAUGACUUAAUUUUUUAAUAGGUUCAGCUGGUCACUGUUUACAUCAUCAAAGUAUAUAAAUCCUGUUUCUCAACAUUAUUUCUAAAAGGCUCAAUCAUUUCCAGUGUUACUAAGUCAACUCUGAGAACUUUACUAAAAAUAUUAAAAUAGAAUUAAGGUAUUUUUAUUUUAAAAUUAAAAAGUAAUAAUGAUACUUUAAUACAAAGUUUCUGUGAAGUUGGUAUAUUAGUCUUCAUUUUCCUAAGAUCAUUACAAUUAAAAAUGGGAAUUGGUAAGAUCUAUGAAUAAUUUUAAUGUUAAAAGGGAAAGAUUUUUUUGCUAGCACAAAAAGAGAGACACAGAAACAUCAAAAAAAUUUCCUCUUAGAAUGAUCCUAUUUCUGAUGUUCUUUCUUGCCUUUCUGAAACUGUAUGGUAUUGAACCUUUUUUCUCUCUGAACAUCUAAACAUCGCCGUAUGGGAGUGGGUAUAGCACUGGGCAAUUAGCAAAGCUUCUAGGCCUGGGCAGAGACUUUUCAGUGGAAGAAACCAUCUGGGUAAAAGUGAUUGAGGAAAGAAAGACCAGGCUUCUAAUGAUUUUAUUGCUGGCUGAGUGGGUUAUCUUGGGCCAGACAUUUAAUGUCAUAAACCAUAGGAUACCACUUGUGAAACAGAUCUACCUACCCCUCCUAUUUCACAAAGUACUCUGGCUUACAUAAAAACAAGUCAGUUCUAAAGAAUCUGUCCAUAGCCUCAAUUUUCACAUCUUUAACAGAAUUGGAUGGACUUAAUUAGAAGGCUGUUUCACUUUGAACUUGAUCUAGCUCUGUGCUCUAACUUUAUUAUAGGAAAUAGUUUUUCUUACUGUCUCACCUUGUAAUAGAACAUGAGAAUAAAUGUGAGAUAGGCAAAUACCCUAUUUCCUAAAGGGCACACCAAGGCUUUUCUGAAUUAAAGAAUAAAAGAAUUAGAGUAUUGUGUCUUAGAGUAUUAGAUCCUUCUUUUGCAGCACUGUUGUGAAUUCUGGUCCAGCUACCACUGUGGCAGACAGCGCAUCAGGAGUUACAACAAACACAAACCAACAGUGCCUCUUGUGCUACCCAUACCUCGGGCAUGCUCUUCUCUAGGACUUCACCAUGCACCAACUGACCACAGACUCCACUUGGAGCCUACUCAUGCAGCCUAGAGUUAACACCCCAUUGUGGUAACAGAUCAGUUCUUCCUUUCUCCAAUGUAUGAACUGCCCCGAGGUAUACUAGUCCAUCCCUUCUCUCAGAAGAAAGUACCCUGGAAAUCAGAUGAUCAGUUACUCUUCAUACCAACUGGUAGCCAAUUUGGUAUUUCACCCACCUUCCCCAUUGCACUCCCUUUUUCUGUCUUGCUUCCUUGGAUUUGCACUCCUAAAAAACAGUACUCAUGGACUUUGGUCUCAGGCUGUGCCUUUUGAGGAACCUAGAUGACAACUAGGUAUAGUUUUUAAUAUCCAAGCCAUAACCAUGUGGACAAACUAAAAGGAAUAUUAUGAAUAUUGUAAUUAAGAAUAUCAUAACCAUAUUUUUAAGCUUUAAGCUCUAGAAGUUGUAUAUUGUCCAAGGUGGAAGCAAAUAAUUAGUGCUAGCCUAAGUUAAAUUCCACAACUAAAACACUUACACAGUAAGAGUAUGUAUUCUAUUUGUUUACUUUCGCAUAAAGAGGUUACCCAGAUUUUGAAAGAGGGAGCAAAAAGCAUGGUCAGUGGAAACCAGCCAUACUGAAGAACAAAUGAGGAACAAGACUUCACUGAAUACCUUUCUUAAAAACUUUUUGGACUCAUGUGGAUAUAUUACCUAUUUUAAACAUUUAUAUAAGUAAGUGAGCCAUUUACAGUCAGCAUAAGACAAAGAUGUAAAACCAUAAAUUCAUGAUAGAAUAACUGUACUGAUAUUGCUCAGGAUUUUAUCUCUGGCCUUAUAGAAUUAAGAUCAGAAUUUGAAAAUGGAGAGCCUUAAAUUAUAAUGAAUAGGUGCAGAUAAACUGAUAUAACUUGAUACCUGAUUUCAUAUUUAUUUCAUAACUUUCUCAGAUUAUAAAAAUACUACAUGCUGUCAAAAAAAAACCCUGGAAAGUACCAAAAAGUACAAAGUAAAUGAAAAUCACCUUGCUGUUGAUUUUAAAAACAACAGCAAACAUUGGUGUAUACACUACUGGUCUUUUUUAAGCAAUAUUCUACACAUAUGUGUAAUUUAAAGCCAACAGUAACUGUAAAUUUCCAAAACUAGUUUUUCUCAGUGAAGAGAAAUAACAGUGGAUGAUUUCAAUACAGUGGGCAUGAGAUUAGGCAUUUAACCCGCAUUCAACCUUGAUCUUCAAUGCUGUGGAAGAGUGAGACACUACCCCAUUUUAUAAAGAAGGAAACUGAAGAUCCUGAAAACUUGAAUCACAGUUAAUAGGUCGCAAACCAUGCUAGGGAAGCAAGGGCAAAAAUGAACUAUUGGGAUUUCAUCAAAAUCAAAAGCUUUUGCACAGCAAAGGAAACAGU